GGGGACAAAAAUCCUCUCUCCUACACUGGGACCACCACCGCUUCCUCGCGGUGCUGUGUCCCUUAUUUCUAAGCCCCUAUCCAGGACAAGGGCAGGGCUUAUGGACUCGCAAUUUAAAGGGGUCCAUGAAGAAAGAGAGAAAAUGUUUAUCUGGGGUGGUGGUGAUGGUGGAAUGUAGCUUAUUUGACGAAGGUAAGCUGGAGACUCCCCGACAAACACAGAAGCCACAGAGAGAGAGAGAGCGAGACAGAGGGAGAGAAGAGAGGCGGCUGGAGCCGUAAAACCCACCGGCUCUUAACCUGACAAUGAUGUUGUAUUUGAACAGCUGCGAUAAGCUUUUUCAAAAAGGGUCUGUCUCAUUGCCACAGCGAGAUUUCAAACUGGGGUGAGGGGGUUGUUUUCGGCAAAUGGAUAGGGGAGGAAGAAGAAGAAGAGGGGGGAAAGUGAAGUAACCCCCCCAAAGUGCCAAAGACGUAAGGGUGAAAAAACCAGGACGGAAAAUUAAGCUUCUUGCAGUCAUUGGAGAGGCCGUGGGUGCCAUUUCAAAGGGUCUGUUUUGGUUUCCCCGAGGUUCUUAUUUCAAAGGAGAGAAGGAAGGUUUGCUGUUAGGGAUGAGCUCAAGGCCUGGAAUAAAUAGAUGGACUCAAGGCAACAUUUAACCUCAAGUAGAUGGUUCCUGCGUGGCGUGCGGCGUGUGACAUUUUAUGAAUAAAAGAGACACCUUUGGAGUAAAAACACACUGCCAAACAAGCGGGGAGGAGAGGGAAAAUAUGAAUGUUUUUAAAGUCCCGAAGGUGAGAGGGGGUGAGAGCAGUCCUUAAUUUCAAGGAUAUGUGUCCUCCUGUUUUUCAAGAAAAGGGGGUGAUGCGGGUAUAAAUAUAAGGAAAAGAAAGGAUGAACAUCGAAGUGGGGAAAUCUAUUUUGAAAGAAGCGUCCAAAUUUAUCCAUAGGUAGAGUUGCCCACGAUUCCUGUGGUCAAGAACUAGGGAGUGGUGGACUCAGGUGUUUAUUAUCGCCCCUUUUUAAUAGAUAUGAAGUUGGGUAAUGAAAUAAUGUAAGAAGCCAGCAGAUUCCGUUGUGGGAUGCGGGCUACCGCGUUGUGAGUGCAUAUGUGGGGGGUUUUUUGUGUGAAGUUCAGCAACAUCGUCUACGAAAACUUUACCUUUGCUCUGGUGCCAUUUUCGUGGGCAAAGAGAAUUUCUUCACAUGUGUACUAUGAGAAAGGACCCUCAUCUUAUUUAUUAAUUAUUUUAUUUUAGGAAUCUGCUGGAGCUAUAAAACCAAACUUAUGACCAAAAUUUUUUUUCUAGCUUUUAAUAUUUGACGAUUUGUAUUAAAACAAAAAUUGACCUUCUUGGUUAGCAGCGAAGAGGAAAAAUCAAUAGUAUAAUUUUCAAUAAUUCAUAACGCGAACACCAUUAUGCUAAAUCUUAACUAUUAAUCUUAUCCUUUACAAAGUCUCGAUUGAUUUGUUAAUAAAAUAUCUUCCCGUGUGUGGCAACAGAGGGUAUAACUCUUGAAAAAGCUUCAGAAGCAAGAAAAUUACCAAGUGGCUCAAGAAUGUAGAUGAGAAUUUUAUUGAUCGCUCUGAUUCUUCUUAAUCUGUAUUAAUAAAUUCCACAACCUUUUGUACCUUGCACUUGUCAGGAACCAAUGCUUUUACAAAAUCCAUAAAAGGUAACAUUAUUUCCACCGCUACCACCGGCCCUUUGUAUCUUCCCCAAAUUAUGACACCUUUGGAGAUCGCCUACACUUCAGACAUAGUCAGCUGUCCACCCUCAAAAAACAAACAACACACACACAACUUUUUUUGGACCUUUGUUAUAUGUUGUGGCUUUUGUUUGAGAAAGUGUUUGAUUAUGAAGUGAAAGGAGGAAGUAUUGGAGAAGAGAAGGAUGUGUUGUCCAGGGCUGAGACUUAGGGAGGUCUCUUCUGAGGUCGUCAGUUGCCGCCAAAUCAUGUAACUUGAAGGAGAUGUUGGGCAACCAUGAGGACUGGAGAUGGGGGAGAAACCACUUUUAUCAAUAUUAUCAUCACCAUUACUAUUCACAGGUGGGGAGAAUGAGAAGAAGACCCACAUAUUUCGCCUUGUAGGAUUGCAUGCGUCUCCCCUUCUCACUCCCUCCAUCUCUCUGUGUGUCUGCGCGCGCCUCUGCGUCCAUCUCCCACCCCCCUUGCCUCUGUUUAAGCCAGCCUGGGAUUUUCCUGAAGUACCUGUCUCAUAUAUAUGUAUAUAUAUAUUGAUAUUGGAGCAAAGGGGCAUGGCUCAGGAUCAGCCUGAAUUCGGACAGUAACUCCUUUGUGGUGUUAAAAAACACACAAAAAACACAAAACCAAACAACAACAACCCAGCAGCAACAACGAAAGAGUUGCGAGAUGGGGGGGGGUAUGGGGGGGUCAGAUCAGUUCAACGCAUUUCCUUGUUUUAAAUCAGCGCAGUGCGCCAGGGCUGGCUUUGCAAAAGGACCAAAAAAAAAGAAAGAAAAAGGUUGCUACUAAUAUUGCUGCCGCUGCCGCCGCCGCUGGAGCUCCCUGGCUUGGAGGAGCGCGCGCACUUUCUCCUCGACGUUCUAGAUGUCGCUGUUGACCACCUUUGCGCCGCAGCCCGGAGUGUCCCGCGGAGCACGUGACCGGCGGGGAGGUAGCGGCUCAAGGCCAUUUUCAAAUCUCAUUGGCUUAGCUGUCAUGUGGUUGUGCAGAGGCAUCCACAAUUACACAGGGAAUGUUUUCGUAGAGAUGUCAGCCUACAAAGGACACAAUCUCUCUUCUUCAAAUUCCUCCCCAAAAUGUCCUUUCCCAACAGCUCUCCUGCCGCCAACACUUUCCUAGUCGAUUCCUUGAUCAGUGCCUGCAGGAGCGAUAGUUUCUAUUCCAACAGCGCCAGUAUGUACAUGCCACCUAGCACAGACAUUGGGACUUAUGGGAUGCAAACCUGUGGACUUCUACCGUCUCUGGCCAAGAGAGAAGUCAACCAUCAAAAUAUGGGUAUGAAUGUACACCCUUAUAUACCUCAAGUAGACAACUGGACUGAUCCGAACAGGUCCUGCCGAAUAGAGCAACCUGUUACUCAGCAGGUCCCCACCUGCUCCUUCACGACAAAUAUUAAGGAAGAAACCAAUUGCUGCAUGUAUUCUGAUAAGCGCUCCAAGCUGGUGUCUUCGUCGGACGUCCCUUCAUACCAGAGGCUGGUCUCUGACUCGUGCUCCAUUGAAAACCCCGAGGUCCCCGUCCCAGGAUAUUUCAGGCUGAGCCAGACCUACGCCACUGGGAAAACCCAAGAGUACCAUAACAGCCCCGAAACGAGUUCAACUGUCAUGUUGCAGUUAAACCCUCGCGGCGCUUCCAAACCGCAGAUAGCUUCGCAACUUCCGAUGGAGAAGAAAAUGAAUGAAAACCCCAACAGCGGCAGCGCCGCCACCGCCGCCGCCACCAACACCACCAGCAGCACCAGCAGCCACCAUUCAGACAACUCUGCCAAAGUCUCUCAAGUGGAAAGUCCCGAGUCCAAGUCCACGCUGCAAGACGACAGGAGCUGCCUGGCUGAAGCCUCCGUUUCCAGCCCAGAGACCCAGGAGAAGGAAAGCAAAGAGGAAAUCAAGUCUGAUACUCCAACCAGCAAUUGGUUAACUGCAAAGAGUGGCAGAAAGAAGAGGUGUCCCUAUACUAAACAUCAAACACUGGAAUUAGAGAAAGAGUUCUUGUUCAAUAUGUAUCUCACUCGAGAGCGCCGCCUAGAGAUCAGUAAGAGCGUAAACCUCACUGACAGGCAGGUGAAGAUAUGGUUUCAAAACCGCAGAAUGAAGCUCAAGAAGAUGAGCAGAGAGAACCGGAUCCGAGAACUGACCGCCAAUCUGACCUUCUCAUAAACCGGUUCAACUGGGGGCUUGAAAGGAUUGAGACCUGGGCUCAGUUACCACCAGUUGGUAUAUAUAAAUAUAUAUAUAUAUAAUAAAUAUAUAUAUGUAGGAAAGACUUUGGGGGGAACAGAGACAGAGAGAGGGGGGACAAAAGUAGACCCCCUUCAUUUUUCAUUUUUUUUAUUUCUGAUAGAAUGUGACCUUUUGUCAUUCUUUUUAGUGCUGCAAGUGUUUAUGUAUGUUCCUACGACGAGUAUAUAUAUGUAUAUAUAUAUAUAUAUGUAUAUAUAUAUAUAUAUAUAUAGCCUAGCACGUGUAAUUUAUUAUUAUUUUUCUCAUCGUAAUGCAGGGUAAACACUGAUUCAAUAUGAUCAUUUGGUCUUAACUUAUUGGAGCUGUUGGACAUCCAGAUAAUGUGACUUUUUCCAUGUGUUUUUUUUUUUAACUCACCACGUGGUAUUUAUGGGGGGGCGGCUGUUACACGGGCCAUGCCAUUUUGAGUAGAUGACAAUACUUUUAAUAAUUAUUUAAAAGAAAGAAAAAUAAGCAUUUUUUUCUUCCUUGAGAGGUGUGGGGGGGGGGAGGCAAAGCGAGUGAGAGUGCGAGAGCGAGAGUGAGAGGAAAAGGAAUUUUAAAAAGCACAUUUUAAGAUGUAACACUCCCCUUUCUCCCGUGUGCGUCAAACUUGUCCUUCGUGCGUGCAAUGGAAUCCUUCAUUCUUCCUCAACUGUAGACAUUUUUUUCUCUCUCUUCCCCUUGUGGUGCAUACGUGGAAUCGUAGUGGUAUAACAAGCAAUAUGUCUUCUUCUUUUUCCUACGCCUUCUUCUUUGUGCAUGUCCUAUUCGCAUGUAUAAUGCAAUAAACUCUGUAAAGUUCA